UUGCAGUGGAGCAACGGGCAGCAUUGUCACGGGUCAAAUCUGGAAAUGGCGAGUGCUUGACCCGGCUGCCCGGCUCAAGCCCAAAAGUUACACAGUAGGCCUUGUCAAGGCUGUGGCCUCUCUUGGGAGGGCAUCUGGAUUUCCUAUGGCACCAUUCUUAUCUUUCUACCCACCAAGCCUGGCCAAGGGCCCUUGCCGAGACGGGUGGACUGGUUCGAGCCGGGCAAGGUCAUGUUGUCUCGACCGCACACACCUUCCCGCCUCUCUUUCGCAAUCAGCACAACCUGAGCACUAGAUUUGCUUCUUUUCUCUCCUCGCAGUUUUGUUGGGCCAAUUUGGCUUCCUGGGCCCGUGACGGUUCGGAGGCAUGGAUCUUUUUGCAGAGUCUUCCACAGCAAGCACACCACACGGCAGCCUCGCGGUCCCCGGCCCGGAAUCCCAAGACCGGACCGGCGAAUGGGGUGCUCUUGGCGCGGGUCGCCGCCAGGCAAAACGUCUUCACUGAUAGCGGAACCGCCGCCUGCCCGUCCUCUUAUACAGGUUGGCGGCUCGUUCGUGGCUGCUACCUACUCCAACGUCAAGUUCCAAACACACUAGAAGAAGGACGCCGGAGUGAACAAGCCCAUCUUGCCACCAGUAUCCCUCCCUCUGGCCAAUUGAUCGUGUCACCAAUCUCCUGCCCAGAAUUAUGGCACCCUCAGCGGUUUCGGAACCCGCCCCAGCGGCGACCGUCGCGGUGGCUAAAUGCCAGACCCCCGAGAAGGUCAAGAAAGAGGUCACGCCUCUUGAAGCCAUAUCUCACGGAGAUGUCUUGCCCGGUAUUCCAACCUUCCCAACCUACACAGCUGAGCGCAGACAUAUCCUUGUUCACAUGGCCGCUGUCUUCAGAAAUUGGUCUCGCAUGGGCUAUGCCGAGGGGCAGUCUGGGCACAUUUCCGUCCGCGACCCCGAAUUUCCCCAGAUCAUGUGGAUGAACCCGCUCUCGCGCCACUACGGUACCCUGACCGCUGGCGACAUGAUCCCGCUGGAGAUCGAGACAGGACGCAUCGUCGGGGGCAACCCAAACCCCACUACCGGAAAGAUCACUAGCAACAAAGCCGGUUACUACAUACACAGUGCUGUGCACAAGCGACGUUCCGACAUACACGCCAUAUGUCACGCCCACACACAUGCCGGGCGUGCAUGGUCCGUCUUUGCCAAGCCUCUCGAGAUGAUCACCCAGGAUGUCUGCAGCCUAUACAACUGCCACACUGUCUAUGCCGACUAUGGCGGGAUCGUCUUCGCCUCGGACGAGGGCGAGCGGAUCGCAGACGCGCUGGGACAGCACAACAAGGGCGCUAUCCUGAUGAAUCACGGUUUGUUGAGCGUGGGAUACACCGUCGACGAGGCCGGCUUCAUCUUCGGCCUGAUGGAGCGCAGCUGCGCCAUUCAGCUGCAGGUCGAGGCUGCUUGUGCCAACGGCCUCCAGAAGAAAUACAUAAGCGACGAGGAGGCUGCAUACAACUGCAAAAUGGCGAGUGAGAAUCAUGCCAUGUACCGGGAGAUGCAGCCGGAUGUGGAGCUGGAGAUCGAGGCCGCCGGGGGCGAGCAGGUGCUAGCAAGGGGGUUUGACAGUCUGAACGCGAGCAUCUCGCUGGCAUGAGUCGUUCGCACUCUAGAGCUGACGACUCCCCUCUGGUACCGGUAGAAGAUCGUUGUUGCGGGGCCCCAAGAUGAAGCCCCUUUUUCUUGACCGGCUCGCUGGGUGCCCCAUUGCCAGUCUUGACAUUGGUAGCUGCACGUGUUUCGAGGUGCUUCAUACGGUUCCUUAUACCCAAAUCAAUUGGCUUGCUCAAAGGGCAUUUUAGCCAGUCAACUAUACGAAUAGAACUCGUCCGCUGUCGGACCUUUCCAGUGUCUGUCUUCUCUCUCUUUUCGUCAUCUCCCUCACAAGACCUGGCACAAUGUUUGACCACCCGAAGGCAUGCCACGGCUCUCAAUAUGAGUGAGUGCUAGUUGGCUAGGAUAUAUGCAGGUAGCAGAACAGCAAUAGUCCAGCUAUGCUCAACAUCAACAUUAAUAUGA